AUGCUGAGCAGCGUUUGGUUCCUCAGUGUGUUAACGGUGGCCGGGUUCUUACAGACAGAGAGUCGCAAAACUGCCAAAGACAUUUGCAAGAUCCGCUGCCUGUGCGAAGAGAAGGAAAACGUACUGAAUAUUAACUGCGAAAACAAAGGAUUUACUACUGUCAGCCUGCUCCAGCCUCCCCAGUAUAGAAUCUACCAGCUUUUCCUCAAUGGAAACCUCCUGACACGACUGUACCCAAACGAGUUUGUAAAUUACUCCAAUGCAGUGACUCUCCACCUAGGUAACAACGGUCUGCAGGAGAUCCGAACUGGAGCAUUCAGUGGCCUGAAAACACUCAAGAGACUACACCUCAACAACAACAAGCUCGAGGUGCUAAGGGAGGACACCUUCCUGGGCCUGGAAAGUCUUGAGUACCUCCAGGCUGACUAUAAUUACAUCAGUGCCAUCGAAGCAGGGGCAUUCAGCAAACUGAAUAAGCUCAAAGUGCUCAUACUGAAUGACAACCUUCUGCUGUCACUGCCCAGCAAUGUGUUCCGGUUUGUCCUGCUGACCCACUUAGACCUGAGAGGAAAUAGGCUGAAAGUGAUGCCUUUUGCUGGUGUCCUUGAACAUAUUGGAGGGAUCAUGGAGAUUCAGCUGGAGGAAAACCCAUGGAACUGCACUUGUGACUUACUUCCUCUCAAGGCUUGGCUGGACACCAUAACUGUUUUUGUGGGAGAGAUUGUCUGUGAAACUCCCUUUAGAUUGCAUGGGAAAGAUGUGACCCAACUGACCAGGCAAGACCUCUGUCCCAGAAAAAGUUCUGGUGAUUCCAGUCAGAGGGGCGGCCAUGCUGACACACACAUCCAAAGGCUGUGGCCUACAAUGAACCCUGCUCUCAACCCAACCAGGGCUCCAAAAGCCAGCAGACCACCCAAAAUGAGAAAUCGUCCAACUCCCCGGGUCACUGUUUCGAAGGAACGGCAGAGCUUUGGCCCAAUCAUGGUGUACCAGACCAAGUCCCCUGUGCCCCUAACCUGCCCCAGUAACUGUGUGUGCACCUCUCAGAGCUCAGACAAUGGUUUAAAUGUAAACUGCCAAGAAAGGAAGUUCACUAAUAUAUCCGACCUGCAGCCCAAACCUACCAGUCCAAAGAAACUCUACCUGACAGGGAACUAUCUUCAAACUGUCUAUAAGAAUGACCUCUUAGAUUAUAGUUCUUUGGAUUUGUUACAUUUAGGAAACAACAGGAUUGCAGUCAUUCAGGAAGGUGCUUUCACAAACUUGACCAGUUUACGCAGACUUUAUCUAAAUGGCAAUUACCUUGAAGUGCUGUAUCCUUCUAUGUUUGAUGGACUGCACAGCUUGCAGUAUCUCUAUUUAGAAUAUAAUGUCAUUAAGGAAAUUAAGCCGCUAACCUUUGAUGCUUUGAUUAACCUUCAGCUACUGUUUCUGAAUAACAACUUGCUGAGGUCCUUGCCUGAUAACAUAUUUGGGGGCACAGCCCUCACCAGGCUGAAUCUGAGAAACAACCAUUUUUCUCACCUGCCUGUGAAAGGGGUUCUGGAUCAGCUUCCAGCUUUUAUCCAGAUAGAUCUGCAAGAGAAUCCAUGGGACUGCACCUGUGAUAUCAUGGGGUUAAAGGACUGGACAGAGCAUGCCAAUUCCCCUGUCAUCAUCAAUGAGGUGACCUGUGAGUCUCCUGCUAAGCAUGCAGGGGAGAUUCUGAAGUUUCUGGGGAGGGAGGCUAUCUGUCCAGACAGUCCAAACUUGUCAGAUGGAACUAUUCUGUCAAUGAAUCACAACACAAACACACCUCGGUUGCUUAGUGUGUCUCCCAGCUCCUAUCCUGAACUACACACUGAAGUCCCACUUUCUGUCUUAAUCUUAGGAUUGCUUGUUGUCUUUAUUUUAUCUGUCUGUUUUGGGGCUGGUUUAUUCGUCUUUGUUCUGAAACGCCGAAAAGGGGUGCCAAGUGUUCCGAGGAAUACCAACAACUUAGAUGUAAGUUCCUUUCAGUUACAGUAUGGGUCUUACAACAGUGAGACUCAAGAUAAAACAGAUGGCCAUGUCUAUAAUUAUAUCCCCCCACCUGUGGGGCAGAUGUGCCAAAACCCCAUCUACAUGCAGAAGGAAGGAGACCCAGUGGCCUAUUACCGAAACCUGCAAGAAUUCAGCUACAGCAACCUGGAAGAGAAAAAAGAUGAGCCAGCCACUGUUGCUUACACUAUAAGUGCCACUGAAUUGCUAGAAAAGCAGGCCACACCAAGGGAGCCUGAGCUGCUGUAUCAGAAUAUUGCUGAGCGAGUCAAGGAACUCCCCAGUGCAGGACUAGUCCACUAUAACUUUUGUACCUUACCUAAAAGGCAGUUCGCCCCUGCAUAUGAAUCUCGACGCCAAAACCAAGACAGAAUCAAUAAAACCGUUUUAUAUGGAACUCCCAGGAAAUGCUUUGUGGGGCAGUCAAAACCUGACCACCCUUUACUGCAAGCUAAGCCACAAUCAGAACCAGACUACCUCGAAGUUCUGGAAAAACAAACUGCAAUUAGUCAGCUGUGA